AAAAAAACAAAGAGGAAAUUGAAAAGGAAUACGCGAAGGAAAAGAAACAAAAGUGAUAUUUGUUUCCGAGUGACUUGGUGAGACUGCAACAGAUGCCACGGCCUGAAAGGAUGAUCGCGUAGCGGCGCCCGACCAUCACGGCCCUGAGUGGCCGACACAUCAUGUCACAGUUCUCUUUCCGAGGAUCACCAAAUCUACAGUGUCCUGUGACAGUGAGCUCGUCGCUGACGUCCUCUUCGGCCUCGCCGGUCUCCGGUACGAUCCUGAGCGCAGGCGGCUCGUCGCUGGUCAGCGUAGCGGGCACCACCACGAAUCAUCCCCUGGGCGUAGCUGCCGGUCUGUCGAACGCGAGGAUGGCGGUGACCAGCGCGGUGGUUAGGCCGCCAGGCAGCCCAACCACGUCGGUCAGCCCGUCGCAGGGUCAUCCGCCGCCGACGACCGGCGGCCCGGCGCCGACCGGACGGUGUUGCGACACUGGAAGACCGAUUUUCACCGAUCCGCUCACCGGCCAGACUGUCUGCUCCUGCCAGUACGAGCUACUCGGCGGUUAUCAGCGACUCGGUGCGCUACCGACGGCCGCGCUCUCCAUGUACAGCGCGCCGUACGCGGCAGCUGCCGCCGCCGCCGCCUCCGAGGGCAUGGCAGCCUAUUUUCCUAGCCUCGGAGCCGAACAGGCGCCCUUCUACACGCCUACGGCGGCUGGCCUCGAUCUGAAGGAGAACCUUGGGGCAGGAGCCGCGGCAGCAUGGCCUUAUCCAUCCGUGUAUCAUCCCUACGACGCCGCCUUCGCCAGCUACCCCUUCAACGGUUACGGGAUGGAUCUUAACGGUGCCCGGCGAAAAAACGCGACGCGGGAAACCACGAGCACGCUGAAGGCCUGGCUGAACGAGCAUAAGAAGAAUCCGUAUCCAACGAAGGGCGAGAAGAUCAUGUUGGCCAUCAUAACGAAGAUGACGUUGACCCAAGUGUCCACGUGGUUCGCGAACGCGCGGAGACGCCUGAAGAAGGAGAACAAGAUGACGUGGGAGCCGAGGAACAGGGUCGAAGACGAGGACAACAACAACGAGGACGACGACAGCGGAAGAAAGAGCGUGGACGAGAAAGACCGGCUAGACUCAAAGGACUCGGGUACCGGAUCGAGCGAAGACGGAGAGCGACCGGCGCAUCGGAUGGACCUUUUGGGCACCAGCGCUGGAUCCACCGGUGUCCAAGGUAGAACCGAGAGCGAAUGGAGCGAGUCGCGAGCCGACAGCGGCCCCGAUAGCCCGGAGUGCCUCUACGACCAGAGAGAGCCGAGGCAUCCGUUGCAGCUUCAGCAUCCGGCGUACCUCGCGUCCUCGCACGGUCGACUGUUGCGCCACCCGUCCCCGGAAAGCACACCACCCAGUAGUCAUCAUCUUCCGCCGACCACGACGACCGCCUCGUCCACCGGCAGCGGGGUCGUCACCACGAAGCCGAGGAUCUGGUCCCUAGCCGACAUGGCGAGCAAGGAUGGUGAUCAGCAGAGUCCAACACCGACCACGAUGACUGGCCUCUCGUCUCCUUACAGCGGAAGCGGUGGCGGCGGCGGUGGUGGAGGAGGGGUUGCUAGCGGAGGCGGGAAGCUGAUGAGCCCUCUGGCCAGUCGUUUGCCACCUCAUCACCCUCUGCACCCCGCAAUGCACACCGGAACGCAAUUCGUUCGGCAUCCGGAUUUCUAUCGGAACCUGUACGGCGCCUCUCACCUUGGAACCGGGGACAUGUCCUUGCUGGAGACUUACUCGAGGACCUUGGGCGGCCUGAGCGGGGUGAUGCCUCCGUCCACCGCCCCCAGCAUACUGACAUCCUCCUCGUCAGCCGUGUCAGCCAGUGGUAACGUUAAACCUUUCUCGAUCAACGGGGGCAGCGGUGGCCCCGGUGGAGGCGGCGUGCUUCUCACCACCGCUGCUUCAGGCCUCUCCCCGUCGUCGUCGUCGACCGCGUCCUCCGGUGGGUCGGAUCAGUCGCCCCACCCGAGCGGAAGCCUACCGUCCACGCAGGAGCUCAAGUCACCGGGUCGAGUGUGAUUUUUUACCUGCGCGGGGACGAUGGACUAAUUAUUGCUAUUAUCAUUAUUAUUAUCAUUAUUAUUAACGAGGAAGUUUCGAGGAACGGGAUCGCCGCGCAGCCGGGUCCGUGCGGCGUCGUGUGGUGUGGAUGACAAUAAUAAUCAGAGACUACAACCUUGUAAUUAGUGUACAGUAACUGAACGAACAACGUCGGGACGAGAUAUAUGAUAUAUACUGCCCCCCAAAUCCCUGGUCUCUCUCUUUCUCUUUCUCUCUUUUUCUCUCCAUGUUCCUAGUCUCUGUUUCUCCCUCUCUCUCUCUCUCUCUCUCUCUCUCUCUCUCUCAUUCUCCGUCUUUUUCGUUUUUCCCCUCUCCUCCUUGGACUAGAUCCUCUGCUACGUACUCCUGUCCCCCUUUACUACUUGAUUCCUGCUGUCUCUCUCUUUCUCUCUCUCUCUCUCUCUCUCUCUCUCUCUCUCUCUCUCUCUCUAUCUCUCUAUCUCUCUAUCUCGUCCGUUGUCGCGCGAGCUCUCCUUCUGUCGUCGACGAGAACGGGACAAGGGAGAAAGAAAAGAUUGGAAAUCGAUCGACGAUCGAGGUGGAAAAAAAAAAAGUUGUAGGCCCCGUGUUUAUUCUCUUCCGUGUAGAGCAGCAGCAGCGCAGCUAACCGCGGUUUAAAAGGAAAAUAAGACAAAAAGAAAAAAAAAGAAAAGAAAGAAAACGAAGAAAAAAGAUACACUCUAUCCUAGGCGUGUCGUCUACUAUGACAGUAAUUAUAUACAUAAAGAAUACUAUAUAUAUAAAUACACGAUAACGAUUAAUAAUUAUUUAUGCGUUUGUAAAUAGUAGAGAGGGCCCAGUAGAGAGCGUCCGGCCAGUGUAUGUAUUGUAUGUAGAGUAGGUACGAUAUUAUUAUAAUAUUGGAGAUCAUAAUUCAUACUAAUGAUGACGACGAUUAUUAUUAUUAUUAUUAUUAUUAUUAUUAUUAUUAAUUAUUAUUACGAUUAAUUAUUAUCAUUAUGGAUUAUUAUUAUUAUGGAUUAUUAUUAUUGUUAUCGCAAUGUUUAUAACAUUAUCGAUUCACAUCGACUCGGUCGAUCAUGACGAGGUAUGGAUCGUUGAUCACAGUGACAGAUUACGGAGGACGCGCGGAGCGCAAGAAAAA